GAAGGCUUGUUUUGUUGUCAUGGUUCGCGAAUCCCCCAGCGUGGUUGUGUGCCUAUAGUUUCUAGGAUCUACUCUACUCUACUACGCGUGGUCGUCAUCCACGCUGCGUAGUUCGUUGGCGGCUUGAUUAUGGCAGAUGAAGCAAUCGUACGAUCGCAUCUCCUGGACUUUGAGAGUGGCGAACACAACUGGCGUGGAUACGUGAAGACCGAUCAAGAACUGGAGCACCUAGAAAGAGCCCUUCUCGGCCUAGGAGUGUCAUUCAAGGUGACAUCCUCCAGGAAACAUGCCGAAGAAAACCUACAUAAGGCAGGAAAGCUGAAGCUUAUGUUCUCCAUCAACCGGGGAGCUGUGCCUCUGAACUUGCAGCUGCCCUUCAGAGUACUAUCAUUGACUGACAAAGGGUGCCUGUAUGGAAAAGACAAGCACUCACACAAAGGUCAAUCAGAGGACUCUCCUGUUCCUGACCAGCUGUCCCCUGGUCCUCCCUGCUGUGGUCUCGUUCCUGCCUUCGGCCCUGCAGCCACCUCCACCCUGCCUAAUCCACCUGACAGCCUCUAAAGUCGCCUCGGCGGCUGGUUCGCCCACUCAAGCUUUGGCCCAGGCCCGAGCGUGGUCGCUCCGGCUUCCGUUCCUGGCUGUCUGCUGUUCCGGCCUGCCGUUCCUGUGAGGCCCCCAUCCCAGCGACUUUCGGCAGUUGGCUGCCACACGCAACUUGCAGCCACGCCUCGUACGUUCCCGGCUGCCAACCUCUCCAGACCGGCGAACUUCAAGCAGGCUAGCUGCCCGCCCUUGUUGUGCAGUCUUCCCCGUUACUCCUGGGCUGUGGACCUUCUCCCGGCAGUGGGCUCUCCCUGGUGGUGGAACUUUUGGUGGGACGUUAAGUGUGACCAUGGCCGACCUAUGGACUCGUAUCUUCGGGAAGACGACAUCACCCUUUUGGACUUUGCCCCGUUUGCCAGUCCCCUUGCGGCUGAGCUGACCUUGCCACUUGGCCUCGGACAGCCUCUUUCACAGGCUGGCCUCGGUCUUUAGGAGGGGGGAAUGUGGG